AUGGCAGAUGGGAAACCAAAAUCACAGGUCAGCUAUCAAAUUCAGCAGCAUCAAGAGCCUUCCUGAAGUAGAAACCAGCCCACUUCUUCUGUCGACCUGGAUUCUCUUCAUAUGGAUGCCACAUCUCCUUCUGAAGCUCCUACUACAUGCUCUGCUCCUGACUCUACUUCUGUGCCAGCCAUUGAAAUGAUCACCCAAAAAUAUGCCUUCCGACCUGAGCUAUUUAAUGUCACCAAACCUUACAUAAUUCACAAAGAAUGCCAGCAAAGUGGCCAGAAUGAAGAUUUAGUGACUGGUGCUAAGCAAGACAUCUCCAUUUCUAUUGGGAAGAAGCGUAAAAGAAUUAUGGCUUUCAAUCUAGGUGAAUUGGAUGCCAUAGAACAUCAUGCAAAGAUCAGAGUGAUUUGGGGUGGAUCCGCACAGAUAAUCCAAGAUAAUCUCAAAAGCAGUGAUCUCUGCCCAGUUGUUGAAACUCAGCAUGGAAAUAGUGGCCACGUCCCAUUACCACCCGAUGCUUGCAACUUGUCAGAAUUAUGUGAGAUGGGAAGGCACUUGCCUACCCCCAAUGACAUGCCUCUUCAGACACUUCCAUUGACAGAAGAUGAUAUGUCUGUUAUAGAGCUGGGUUUAUCAUCACAGGUCAUUGAAAACAACUCUAGCUUUUCCAGAAUGAUUAAUUUAAUGGGACAGAGGUACCUGCUACCACCAAACAGCAGUUUUCUCUUGUCUGACAUUUCUUGUAU